AUGUGCUCAAAUCAUCGCGCCCAUCUCUUGUCAAUCUCCCUCAGGGCAGCUUUCCCCCCUUCGCGAAGCAUCGGCCUCUCCGACCCGUUGGGCCUCUUCUCAGCUAAGAACCCGUCUACCAGCGCCGCACUCAGAGCCGCGGUAGCUACCUUGGCGCCCUUUGGUCCCAUCCAGGGUCCCUUGUCGUCCUUUGAGCGGAAUGCCGCCUGGGCACCUGCAAUGGCCGCCGUCCUCGCCCCCGCCUGGACCGUCUUGUUCUGCCACCAUGGCGGCUUGAUCUUGGCCGUAGCGGGCAUGGAGCUGCGACGAGGUCGGGGCACCUCUGCUUCUCUGAGUUGUCUCCCAGCCUUCACCGGAGGUGGUCGGCCUCGAGAGCGACGCGGCGGUGGGGACAUGCCAUCGUCGGAGUAG